AUGCCACUGGCUCGAAGCCGCCUGGGGCUCCUGCUCCUCGGGGUGCUCCUCACCCUCGUCCUCUACCUCUUGCUCCCGGCCGCUCAGCACCAGCAGCGCUUGGCAGGCACCCGCCCUGAGGAGGGGAGGCAGGGCUGGUGGGCAGCCAACAGCACUGCACGAACGGGAAUGGCUGGGGGAGAGCACCCCGUCUUCUACAGGGAGGUUUCCCUAGGGUCCCCGGCCAGUGGCACUGCCAUGCCCGGGAGGCCCGAUGUCCUGUUCCUGCACGGCCAGGCGUUCACCUCCAAGACGUGGGAGGCCUUGGGCACACUGGCACUGCUCGCUGGAGAAGGCUAUCGUGCAGUCGCCAUAGAUCUGCCUGGCUACGGGGAUUCUCCCCCAGCGGAAAUGGUGGCCACAGCACAGACCCGGGUAGCUUUCCUGGACCACAUCCUCCAAGAGCUGGAUUUGCACAGACCUGUUCUUGUCAGCCCCUCCAUGAGUGGCCGCUUUGCCCUGCCCUUCCUCCUGGCACAGGGGGACCAGUUGGCUGGCUUCGUGCCCAUUGCACCUGUGGGUACAAAGGACUACACAGCUGAGCAGUAUCGGCAGGUCCAGACGCCCACCCUCAUCCUGUACGGUGACCGUGACACAAGCCUGGGUCCUCAGGCCCUGCAAAGCUUCCAGCACCUCCCCAGGCACCGUGUGGCUGUGCUGCCUGAUGCUGGCCAUGCCUGCUACCUGGACAAGCCAGAGGAUUUCCAUCGGGCCUUGCUGGGCUUCUUGCGCCAGUUGAAAUGAGCAGCACCUUGUCCCUUGCAGAGAGGAAG